UAAAGACUUAAAAACACCCUCAAUUUUCAGUCAUGUUUCCCCAAUCGUUCAAGUUCGAAAUCAAAAGGAAUGCCAACCAACACAUGGCUUGUUUCUAACCAGGCAUUUAGUGAUAAAUUAAGGAGCGAUGGCUUCUAUUAACACAGUUCGUCAGUAACGUCGGCUGAACGUGGUUGUUCUUGCUCUGAAACGCGUCAAACGGACCAGAGCGUCCACACGUUCGACGGUUCCCGGCGAAUCGUCUCAAACUUUUUAAUGACUGCGGGAUUAAGUGGAAUUUUUUUUAAUUGAACAAACUGUGCAAAACGCGAUUUCAAGAUGCUCGAGAACGGAAUACAGAUGAAUGAUAUGAACGUGGAAAAUUCAAGUUUCACGUCGCCAGCGACUAAAAAGGACGGCGGAAGGAACACAAAUCUCACUUAUGGCAUCGACGACGUUCCACCAUGGUAUCUAUGCUUGUUCAUGGCUUUACAGCAUUACUUGACCAUGAUAGGCGCCAUCGUUUCAAUUCCAUUUAUCCUGACGCCAGCACUGUGCAUGGCGGAGGAUGAUCCUUCGAGGAGCUACAUUAUUUCCACCAUGAUCUUCGUCACGGGAUUAGUAACAUUCGUCCAAACAACCGUAGGAUGCAGAUUACCUUUGGUGCAAGGAGGAACCAUAUCAUUUUUAGUCCCAACGCUAGCAAUCCUAAAUUUGCCGCAAUGGAAAUGUCCUCCACCGGAAGUGUUAAACGAAAUGUCCGUAGAAAAUCGAACGGAACUUUGGCAAGUUAGAAUGAGAGAACUGUCGGGCGCCAUUGCCAUUUCCGCCCUGUUCCAAGUGAUCAUCGGAUUCGGUGGUAUUAUUGGUUAUUUACUGAAAUUUAUAACACCUUUAACGAUCGUGCCCACCGUCUCGCUAGUCGGAUUAUCCUUAUUCGAAAAUGCCGCCGACGCCGCCUCCCAACAUUGGGGUAUUGCAGCCGGGACCAUACUGAUGUUGACGAUGUACUCUCAAAUAAUGGUCAACGUGCCCUUCCCAAUUUUGAUAUACCGCAAAGGACAGGGCAUAAAGCUCGUCUGGUUUGAGCUGUUCAAACUCUUUCCGGUGUUAUUAACAAUAGUAGUCAUGUGGAUAAUCUGCACGAUUUUAACAGUGACCGACACACUGCCCGUCGGUCAUCCAGCCAGAGCAGAUAGUAAAUUAAGAAUCAUUAACGAUUCUCCAUGGUUCAGGGUACCGUAUCCUGGACAAUGGGGAACACCGACAGUCAGUUUGUCGGGGGUACUUGGUAUGCUAGCUGGGGUAUUAGCAUGUACAGUGGAAUCCAUAAGUUAUUAUCCUACGACGUCAAGGAUGUGUGGCGCUCCUCCGCCACCGGUUCACGCCAUUAACCGAGGCAUCGGUAUGGAAGGGUUGGGGACCAUGCUGGCUGGACUCUGGGGAAGUGGAAACGGGACAAACACUUUUGGAGAAAAUGUUGGAACUAUAGGAGUGACGAAAGUUGGCAGUCGCAGAGUCAUACAAUGGGCGUGCGGACUAAUGAUUCUGCAAGGAUUAAUCAGCAAAUUUGGCGCCGUUUUUAUCAUCAUCCCCGAGCCCAUAGUUGGUGGAAUAUUCUGUGUGAUGUUUGGAAUGAUCUGUGCUUUCGGUCUAUCUGCGUUGCAGUACAUAAAUCUGAAUUCAGCGAGGAAUUUAUAUAUUCUUGGAUUUUCCAUUUUCUUCCCAUUAGUUUUAUCGAAGUGGAUGAUCAAACACUCGGAUGUGAUCCAAACCGGAAACGACAUAGCUGACGGGGUUAUCACGGUGUUGCUUAGUACAACUAUUUUGGUUGGGGGUGUAGUGGGAUGUUUACUGGAUAAUCUCAUACCAGGUACCCCGGAAGAACGUGGUCUCAUAGCAUGGGCAAAUGAAAUGGAGUUAGAUACCGGAAAAGAUGAGAAAGAACAAGGGGAAUACGUACCGAACACAUUCGAUUUUCCGUUUGGAAUGAGCGUUUUACGAAGAUGGAAGUGGACCCAGUACGUACCAUUUUUACCUACAUACAGGCCUGCAAUUUACUCGUGUAAUAAGAGAAAACAAUGAGCAAAAGUGUACAUUAUACUUGGUGAACCAUUGUUAAUGAGUACAAGAAAAUUUGUUAUAGUGUAAAUAUUGAAGAAACACUAUGCAAGCGAGAGACUGUUAAUUGAAUGUUAAGGUC